CUGGAUUCUAUACCUUGCGUUGAAACAAUAACGCUGAUGAACAACUUUCUUUUCUUUUUAAUAUUAUUUGAUGUCUGUAGUUUGAAAUUAACAGUCACAGGCUGUCAGAGAAGAUGCGAACAAAGCAGAGGAAGUAUUGCUGAAACGGGCAUGAAACAUCGUGCUAUACAGGGACACAGCUUCAAAAAUUAUACGCUGUCGAAAGCGUAUGCCUGUCAUGUAAAAUGCUUCGAAGAGAAAUGUAAAUGCCAGGCGUACCAAAUAGGAAAAAAUCAGUGCGAAUUGCUGGAUGAAGACAGAUUUUCUGCCCCCGAAGACUUUGUCGAAGCAGAUGGAUACGUUUAUUUUGAUAUGAGUAGAGAAUACGUCAACCAGGUAACCAAUAAAUCGUAACGACUUUCAUUAAAGUGCACCAAAAACAAGUAAAUUAGGGACCUCAGGCUUUUGCCAAAACAAAUGAAAGGAUUGAGAGUCGCCUUGAGGUUGUCAUGAUCGCGUUUUGUUAGGACCUCAUGGUUUUGAUAGGCUAACACUUAAUUGUUUAACACGCACCUCAGUUCUCAUACUCAUCUUUUUCCCAUCUAAAAGGAAAUGUUUUCAAAUUUUGUGUGUCCCUCUUAAAAAAUGCGUUCAAUUUGUUAAUUAUUAAUUACAUCAUCCUCGUUUUUUACAUAAGAGGCUUACAGUUCUUUACAUGGUGUAUGUUUUCCGAAUUGCCUAAUUAGGUAAUUCACCAUUUAUCUCAGUCAUUUCAAGGACUCCUUGUUUAGCCUCUUCUCGUAUUUUAUAAACGAGAAAAACCAACGGAAAGGAAACAAUACCUUCACAGAUAUUUUUUUAUUCUUGGCACUGUCAAUUUAUUAAUAAAAGGAUUGUUUUAGGCCGGAGAGUACAUAUUUCGGAUUUGCAUGUGUGUGUGUGUUUAUAUUUAUUUAGUUAUAAGAAGCUGACUUAAACAGCUACAUCUUCUUUGGGGACAAUUGACGGAUGCGAAAGCCGAUUGCCACUGUUUACAGUGGAACAUUUUUAGUUUGCUUCCAUUUUUUUCUCAGGCGUACAAGAAAAUAUAUCUCACCAUCAAACAUGUGGUGCUUGCGAUAGUGUGGAAGGACUGGGCGCAUUUUGAUUUUGCUACGUUAAAAAAUCAAGAUUUUGGCAAACCUAAAAGUUGAGCUUCCAUAAUGAUACUGAUAAUAAAGAAACAAAUUUAGACCGUCGCAGAAAUGAGUGCCUGUAAACUACCAUGCAUGGAUAAGCUAAGUGCACUUUCCACUAAAAAAAAAAGCCGUUAAACCUUUUUAAACCUUUGACUAGAGAUUUUAUGAAUGAGAUGAGCGAAAAUUGUCAAAACUAUAACUAUUCAUUUAUCAUGGUAAUUAUAGUUUCUACCAGCACUUUUAACACACCUUCCCUUGUUGUACAUCUAAAAGACAUCUGCAAAAGAGGCUUGCAAAGGGCAACUUUGCAUUAACCAGUGCUGCAAUCAAAAUCCAUGUGCCCACGGAGGGAUCUGCACACACCUAUGUGAUGUAGCCAAACAAAAGUUCAACUGUACAUGCUCUGAGCGAUAUUUUGGCAGAUAUUGUGAAAGGCAGAGAGCAACAUCUUGCAAAGGGCAACGGCAGAAAAAGGAAGGGAGCAAGUCAGGAGUCUAUCAACUGUUUGACCCAGCAACUAAUUCCAUGUACGAGGUCUUUCGUGAUAUCGACUCUGAAAAGAGAUUCGUUUGGACUCUGAUAGAAUCUUUCAGCCUUCGCAAUAAUAAUGAAUUUGGGGAUAAAGCAUUCUACAAAAACUAUCCGAUAAAUCAGAAAGAAUUUACUUGGAGCAAGUUUCGUUUAUCUCGCGCUUUUAUGAUGGCCACAGCAAACGACUCAACUCACGUUCGAGCAACGUGCAACUUUGAUAGUGAAAAACGCAACUACAGAGAUUACUUAAGAGCCAAGUUAAGUGAACUCAAUGUUAUGCAUUUUAAUUCUAUCGAAUGCAAAAAAUUUGAAUUCGUUAGCGUUCGAGGAUAUAACUGUAGCAACUGCACAGCCCUUUUUGGCCAAUCUGACUAUAUGCAUGCGCACACCGAUUCUUAUUGGGGUUCGCAACAACAGUAUAAAUGCCAGUUUACCAGCGCAUUAGCAGGUGCUGUUAAGAGACCUGGAGGCGAAGAUAACUUCGGUCAUUAUGAAACAGUCAAUCUGAAUCACACAUGUACGUUGAGUGAUGAUUCUACUACUCAGUGGUGGUUUGGAGUACAUGAAUGA